CUAUGGUCAGUGAGGGGCAGGAAACGCCUCAGCCAGUUCUGAGCCUCGUCUCUCCCCGUACAUCACUGCUCAGCGGCGCCGCGGUUGUCAUAGAGACGGAGUGUAACCAGGAAACGGCCCAGCGCUAAUAACUAAUAACCGCCGCCGCCGGGACUGAGAGAGACACCGGUACCGGGGGACCGACUCCGCCGUUAUAUCUGCAUCAUAGCGUUAUUCCCGGUGUGCUACGCCGUGACUGGUGCCAGAGGGAGCUGACUGGACCUGGAACACUGGAAGAAAUAUGUCGAUUCCUUUUUCAAACACAAAUUAUCGCAUCCCCCAGGGUUUUGCAAAUCUCCUUGAGGGGCUGACCAGGGAAGUGCUGCGAGAGCAGCCGCAGGAUAUUCCGCUCUUUGCAGCCAAAUAUUUUGCAGGAAUCCUUAAAAAGAAAGAGGAGUCCGGCUUUGAUCCAGCAGAAUGGGGAGCCGCCCUAGAGGACAGAUACUAUAACAACCACUCCUUUCAGCACGCUGAGGACACCACAUAUACAUCACAUAUAGAGGAUGGAAGAGACGCAGGAGAAGACUUCUCAGUAUUGAACAGUGUGGCGGAUAUUCAGCAGCCACAAGAUGUCACCUCAUCUGUCCCGUUAUCUGAGGAGGAACACGAGCACGCUGAGGACACCACAUAUACAUCACAUAUAGAGGAUGGAAGAGACGCAGGAGAAGACUUCUCAGUAUUGAACAGUGUGGCGGAUAUUCAGCAGCCACAAGAUGUCACCUCAUCUGUCCCGUUAUCAGAGGAGGAACACGAGCACGCUGAGGACACCACAUAUACAUCACAUAUAGAGGAUGGAGGAGACACAGGAGAAGACUUCUCAGUGUUGAACAGUGUGGAGGAUAUUCAGCAGCCACAAGAUGUCACCUCGUCUGUCCCGUUAUCAGAGGAGGAACACGAGCACACGGAGGACAAUGCAUUUACGUCACAUAUAGAGGAUGGAAGAGACGGAGGAGAAGACGUCUCAGUAUUGAACAGUGUGGCGGAUAUUCAGCCUCCAGGAGAACUCACCUCACCUGUCCCGUUACCUGAGGAGGAACACGAGGAUGACACAAAUGAAACGCAGGUACAGGCCGCCACGGUGAUACAAGCUGCGCUGCGAGGACAUCUAGCCCGGGGAGAGGUGGAGAAACUCAGGGAGCAGUCUAGAGAAAACCAUGUGAGGAAGGAGAAAUCUUUAUUUUCCUUGUCAGAGCAAAGUGAUGAUACAGAAAAACACGGAGCAGAAGCAGAAGCUGAAGAACCUGGGGCCACAGAACCCCCAUCCGUUGGUGAGGAUCCUGACCGCAGCCUUGAGCAGGAGCCACAAACCCAUGAAGCUGACUUGGCUGUUGAACAAGAUGAAGUAUUAGGGGUCCAGGGUAAUGAGACUCUGGCUGAGCAACCUGUUACAGAGGAGACCGACGACAAGACAGCUGAACCGAGUGCUGAGAGCGCUGGCGACCAGACGGAUUCUGACCAGAGCGAAGCCUGCAGGAAGCAGCCUGAAGAAGCCCUGGACAUCGACCUUGAUGACCCGGACGCCAACGCGGCGGCUGCCAAAAUCCAGGCUGGUUUCCGUGGUCACAUGACCAGGAAGAAGAUGAAAAGUGGCGAUAAAGACCUGAAACACAAAGACGACAAAGAUGGCAGCGCGACGGGAGAGCACGAAGGAGACUAGGCCGGGUUAUAAUGAGGUAACACUACGACGACGUUACACGGGCCACAAAUGCGAUCCAUCUUUGCGGAGAGGGGACGGUUUCGCCAUCUGAGAUAUGCCCUCCUGUACGGCCCUCCUGUGGCCAGGGAACACCCGCCUGUGGUCCCCGGAAGAUUGUGUGUGUGGUUUCAUGUUCCGUGGCAUAGUUGCAUCUCCUGUGGUUGCUUUCUGUUCCUCUCCGUCUCCUGUUACAUGAGCUCUGCGCUGCGUGGCUUUGUUCCCGCUCCCCGUGCUUGCUAAUUAUCACUUCUGCUCUGUGACAGGUACUUGCUCUUUGUGUGCAUGCUCCUUCCGCAAGAAUACAACAUAUUGAUUUAUUAAUUAUUUAUAUCUCCUGUUCCCUUCAUGCUUUUCUGCAAUAAAGAAAUCAGGACGCCC